AUGGGAGUUCCAGCCUUCUUUAGAUGGCUCAGUCAAAAGUAUCCGUCCAUCGUACAACACUGUGUGGAGAAACACGGACAGAUCAUAAAUGAUGAUGGUGAUCGAGCCCCAGUAGAUCUCACCGAACCAAACCCCAAUGGCGAGGAGUUCGACAAUCUUUAUCUAGAUAUGAACGGUAUAAUUCAUCCCUGCACUCACCCCGAAAAUAAACCCGCACCGAAGAAUGAGGCCGAGAUGUUUGUUGCCAUCUUCGAGUACAUGGAUCGCCUGUUCGCACUCAUUCGACCACGUCGUCUCCUGUACAUGGCCAUUGACGGUGUUGCACCGAGAGCGAAAAUGAACCAACAGCGCUCUCGACGUUUUCGUGCUGCUAAGGAGUCCCACGAUAAGCAGCUGACAAUUGAACGUUUGCGCGCCGAACUAUUAGCUAAAGGCGCCAGUCUGCCGCCGCCCAAGGGUGCGUCUGAACAUUUUGAUUCCAACUGCAUUACUCCGGGAACCCCCUUCAUGGACAGACUCGCGAUAGCACUGCGCUAUUACGUGUAUGAACGUCUUAACAGCAACCCUGCCUGGAAGAAUUUACAGGUCAUUCUCAGCGACUCGAACGCGCCAGGAGAGGGCGAGCACAAAAUUAUGGAUUUUAUUCGUCGCCAACGCCAGUCCCCUACGCACGACCCGAACACGCGUCAUUGUUUGUGUGGAGCCGACGCUGAUCUGAUCAUGCUUGGCCUGGCUACGCAUGAGCCUCAUUUUACAAUUAUACGUGAGGACCUGGAGAUUCGUGAGGGUGCAAUUGACCGUCUGAUCGAAUUGUACAAGUCUACAGUCACAGACGCCGAUGGUUGGCUGACUGAUAGUGGUCACGUGCACCUUGACCGCGUGCAGACAAUCCUAACCGAGUUGGGCAAGGUGGAGGAUGAGAUCUUUAAGUCACGCCGCGAGAGUGAACUCUCCUUCCGGGAUCGCAAGAAGCGUCAGAACGAAAGAGGCUACGGACGCCCUGGCAACGGCGGACGACCACAGCGCGCCUCCUGGACUCCGCCU